AUGCAGCCCUGGCUGAUGCUCUACUUUACCCUGCUCAUCUUGAUUGUUUCCAUCUCCGUCAUGAACCUUGUUACCGCCGCGCUGGUUGAAGGAACCUUGGAAAAUGCCCGCAUGCUGCGGCAGGAGGAGGAGCGGAUGAAGAGCGUGACCACCCAGCAGAUGCUCCCUGAGAUCUUGGAGCUCUUCGAUCGCGCAGAUACGGAUGGAAGUGGGGAGUUGGCUAUCGACGAGAUGCGUCAGUUUGAGGAGGAUGGCCAAGUCCCAGAUCAGAUACUGGAUCGGGCGUCGGUAGGAAGCAUGACGGAGCUCUUCAAUGUGCUGGAUGUGGACAAGUCCGGUGUCGUCACCCGCGAGGAGUUUGCCGAAGGGCUCCUGGACAUUUUCAUGCGGGACGUGUCAGUCUCCUCCCUGCAGCAGAUGAAGCUUCUGCGAGGUCUCCAGAACUCCAUGUCCAAACUGGAG